CCCUGCGCCUCUGCUCUGCACCCCAGAGCGGAUCCUCGCGUUGGUCUGGCCUGGGCCGUUGACGUCACCACCAAGUUUGCUGUCCUUCGCGUCCCACGUGUGGCGAUAGCGGCCGAGCAGGCUGCGGGGAGAGCCUAGGAGCACAGUGACAGCGGUGGCUGACAGGUCCCGCGCAGCAGAGUCCCUCCAGGCUGUUCCCAGCUGGGGCCCCAGAGGAGUGGGUAGACUUCCGGAGCGCUCAAGAGGCCAGAAGGCUCGAGUCCCAUUCGGACAGAGGGACUAGGGGGACCUUGCUUGCUCGGUUGCUGAGACCAGCUAAGCCAGGACUCAAGGCAUGCUCCUGGGCGGGCCAGGAGAGCAAAACAGCUAGCGGCUGGAAAAAGGGUCACUCGUCCUAACUGGAGCGCACACAGUUUUUCGGCCCCAGAGCCCUGCGUCCUCCCCACGGGGGACUGAGCCAAGGAUGCGCUAUCGCUGAGCCAAGUUCUGCACUGCUCAGGACCCUGCUGAGCCGAGCACCUUCGCCACUGCCGCCGCAGAGACUCCCUUGCCCGGCGACUCUCGGGGACCCAGGGCGCCGAGCUCUGCGCAGCUAGGCUCAGGACUCGGGCUCCUUUCAGACCCGAGACCAUGGUUUCUUAAGCACGGCCCCGCACCCCUUUCCUCCCCAUCGUCCGGAGCCCGGGACCUAGAGAAGGGCUCCAAGUGUUUGGUCCCUAGCUCCAGCUCCUGCCGCCGCCCCGCGGGGCAGCUCUCAGGCACGCAGGGGCGCUCAGGCGAUGCGGACGCGGGGCAGCACGCUGGCUGGCAGCGGGGAUGGCGGAGCUUCCAGCACAGUCGUGGCCUAGCAUGGCCCGCUCGCCGUCCGAGGUCGCCUCUGGCUAGGAUGGCCCCUUCGGGUCCCACCGGCGCCCAGCCCAGCCCGGCGGAGCCACUGUCGCGCAGCAUCUUCAGGAAGUUCUUGCUGAUGCUCUGCUCGCUACUCACUUCCCUCUACGUCUUCUACUGCCUGGCGGAGCGCUGCCCGCCCGGCUCAGGCCCCGUCGCGGGGGUCCCGGGGCGCGGCGUCCCUGCAGGACCCAGGGAACUGGCGAUGUGGCCCGCGGGAGCGCCAAGGAAGCGCCUCCUGCAGCUGCGGCAACGGAGGAGGCGCGGGCGGUCGGGGCCGGGAGACAGCAGCGACCAGGACGAGCAGAGCCCUGGGCUGGCCGCCGCUCCAGGAGGCUCCGGGGCGGGAAGCAGCGUGGCCGAGGCCCAGCCGGGGACCCUGGCCUUACUCCUGGACGAGGGCAGCAAGCAGCUGCCGCAGGCCAUCAUCAUCGGCGUGAAGAAGGGCGGCACGCGGGCGCUGCUGGAGUUCCUGCGCGUGCACCCCGACGUGCGCGCCGUGGGUGCUGAGCCCCACUUUUUCGACCGCAGCUACCACAAGGGCCUCGCCUGGUACCGGGACCUGAUGCCCAGAACCCUCGAGGGACAGAUCACCAUGGAGAAGACGCCCAGCUACUUUGUGACCCGAGAGGCACCCGCGCGCAUCUCGGCCAUGUCCAAGGACACCAAGCUCAUCGUGGUGGUGCGCGACCCGGUGACCAGGGCCAUCUCGGACUACACGCAGACGCUGUCCAAGCGGCCGGACAUCCCCAGCUUCGAGAGCCUGACGUUCCGCAACCGCAGCGCGGGCCUCAUAGACACGUCCUGGAGCGCCAUCCAGAUCGGCCUGUAUGCCAAGCACCUGGAGCCUUGGCUGCGCCACUUCCCUCUCGGCCAGAUGCUCUUCGUGAGCGGGGAGCGGCUGGUCAGCGACCCGGCCGGCGAGCUGCGCCGCGUGCAGGAUUUCCUGGGCCUCAAGCGCAUCAUCACCGACAAGCACUUCUACUUCAAUCAGACCAAGGGCUUCCCGUGCCUCAAGAAGGCGGAGGGCAGCGGCAAGCCUCACUGCCUGGGCAAGACUAAGGGGCGCGCGCACCCCACCAUCGCGCGGGAGGUGCUGCGGCAGCUGCGUGACUUUUACCGGCCCUUCAACCGCAAGUUCUACCAGAUGACCGGCCGCGACUUCGGCUGGGAUGGAUAGCAGAAAUAAUUUAAAAAGAAAAAAAUAAUAUCAAAAUAUAAUAUAUUUUUUUACCAGUCGGUAGAGAAAAGACAGUUUAAUAUUUGUGUAUUAAGAGUAUGUGUUGCAGUAUUUUUUUUCUUCCGGUCCCCGCGGAUAACCAGCAUAGCAGAAAAGGAGAUUUCAUGUAUCUAAGCAUCUAUAUCUCCGGUUCGUUUGUGUUCUGAGCUUUCAUUCACAAAGGAUGAGCACCAGUACCCCACUAAACUGUUUUAAGAAAACCCCCAGGGUAAACCUCUCUUGUUACCCACAAAGACCUGGUAGAAUCGAGACAUGGCCUUACAGUUUUCUUUCUCCUGUACCACUUUUCUCCUAAGUCGUUUCUCAGCUAAGAUACUCUGUAUGCACAGGGCCGUUUUCGAUUGUAGUUUUGACCCUUACGCCACUACUGCAAGCAUGUAGUGUGUUUCUAGAGAUCAUCAUUUUCUAGUUCAGAGAUGAGGGAAACUGAGUCUCAGGGAGGUCGAAUGACUCAUCUUAAAGCUGGAUGGUGGAUUCUGGACAAAAUCCUGUCUGUCGCUGCUUUUUCUCUAUUUUAUGACACCGCCCCCUGACCCCACCCGGCUAGAGCCUAUAAGACACCUGGAGCUUUAGAAGCUCUGGAGUGAUCCGGAAAGGACAGGGGGGACUUGUCACUGCAAUGUGAGUCCCGGGCUGGCCUAUGGCACACAAGCUCAUUACAAAGCUCUAUUCAAGGAAGUCACAGAGAUGGGGACACAAGCCCUCUGGGGAGCCUAUCUUGCCUCUUGGCUGAUCAAAGGAUGCUUAGACAAGGAGAGCUGACCAAUGGGUGGUCAUCUGAGUCCCAGAGAAAUUACUGAACUCUUCUGUUGAGAGAAGAUGGACAGAUAGAACCAGGAGUGUCGCAGAGUAGCAACUUACUGGCUGUCGAUUUGACUUCUUUAUUUCUUUUUAAAGAAAAACUCAAUUCAAUUAGAACUUAUCAAUACGAAUUCCAUUUUCAUUAUUUUAGAAACAAAAUCCCCCUUUUCUUUGAAGUAUCUUGGGUCUGAUCUCAGUUAAUAACUCCUUCCCAGUUCGCCCAGUUUUUACAGAUUGAAGCUGUCAGUCACUUUAUCCAUGUCCCUCAUUUCCCUCUCUUUAUGAAUUAUAACCUAAUGCUCAUUAAUGUUUGGAAAAUAUUCUAAGAAAAGAGACAUGGUUAUGGAUGGAAUGGCGAUGUCUCCCCUGCUCCCACCUCCCUUCCCUGUGUAAAUGGCUCAAAUGAAUCAAUAGUUUAUUAAGAGUAUUCCUUGCUCUCUGAGUGGGUAUUAACGAGAUUAACAUUAAUGGGAAUUAAAUUGGUUUAGCGAGGAGCACAUAUGUGCUGAUCAUAUAAAACAUUCAUAAUUACUCUGUCAGCCCCAUUUUACCACAGGUUUAAGACCAUGAGGAACAUGUUUGCUAUUCCAUCAAUAUUUCUCUUAUCUGCUGAAAUUUAAAGGGCCAGACACUCUAAUACACUAAAAGGGUGUGCUGUUUUCUCUGCUGUCAAUCAAGAGAAACUGAAGUUUGUUUCACAAUAUGCUGGAUGACCGUGGGUUUGUCAUAGGUGCUCCUUCAGGGAUGUAAAUGUCUCUUAGGAAGACUAACAUGGGGUUAAAAUGAAGUGAAAACAUCAUUUGAAGUUUCUAAAUAUUUUGUCAUUUUUGGAUUUAUUUGCUGAUAUCCCAUGAAUGGGAAUCAAGCCCUGAACUCAGGUCGCCCUUUCUGCUUUGUCUCCUACACUUCUAUGCCCUUGGCGUCCAGAGCCAGUCUGUUUUUAGUCGUCGAGUGUCAUCACCUGCGGCCACUGGAGACUCACUUUCAGCUCUGCUCAUCUUUUGAUUUGUUUGUGCUUCUGAAUCUUUUGUAUUCCCCUCUCUGCCUGCCAUUAUGCAAAAGCGGCUUGCACAAAACCCAGAAUUGUAUCUAUCAGCUGCACUCAGCAACCUCCCUCUUUUCCCAUGGAAGAGAUAAUAAAAGAACAAAAUUGAGUGCAAAGGA